UUCUCUAUCUUAAUACUAAUGGAAUACAUCAAAAAGUUACUGUUUGUUCUCUGCCUGUCCUUAGUUACGGUUGUGGUUCUGUGCGACAAUGAACCGGAAACGAAAGAAGACUCCCAACAAAACUGCCGGAAGUGUAAAUCUGGAUAUUUUGCUAUCCUAAAAUGUAACGAUAAACACGACACCGUAUGUGCUGCAUGUCCUGAAGACAGUUUCACCUCUAGUCUCAAUCUCCAAGAAAAAUGCAACCUGUGUUCAACGUGUAGUGAUGGGUACUUUGUGAUCACACCAUGUAGUAAACAUACCGACACCGUGUGCGAAUCUUGUCUGUCAGUGAAGGACUCAAUAUUGCCUUCCUUUCAGGAGCGCUGUAUAGGAACCGGUGUUUUUUCGCCUCCGGAACCGGAACACAGGGAGACUCUUGUUAUACCGGAAGCAGAAGGAUCAGCCGACGGAGGCGAGGAAAUUUAUCUAGGUGCUGAAUUUCAAGCUCCUGUAUUAGAUAAUACAGACGAAAUAUUAAAUGCAUCACAUAUAAUAAAGGGUGAUGAAAACGAAGGAAGCGGAGAUGAAGUAGAAUUGAAUAUUGGUGCACAGGAGGAACCAAACAUUGAAACCGAUUCUACGACAACUUUGUCCCCACAGAAAGAUACCACAAAUGAGGGCAUAGGUAAAAAUAUUACUCAGAAGUUACAAACCACAACCACACGAGAUACGGAACUACCAGACGAUGCCGGCUCCGACGAAUUCAUUCCAAUGACAACGACCAUUUCAACCUCAUCAAGUAAAUCGACUAAACCAAAUUUAGCUCAAAUGACAACGAAGCAGAAUGUAGUCACAACUGCUGGAUUAAUACGUAUCGGUGAAGGUAUUUUUAUCAAGCCGGAAACGGAAGUUGAGUUGACACCAACUAAAGGAAGUGCUGAUCCGUACGAAGUUCUGUAUACUGCUGCUCCACGACACAAAGAUAACCGAGUUCAUCACCAUCACGUAGAGAAUAAUCUAGACAAGCCUGUCCCUACAGCUGAACAAAAGAUCGGAGCCCAAAGUCAACCCAAGACAGAAGACGCCAGUAAGGUGACUAUUGGUGUUGUGAUCGCUGUGGCGGUUGCAGCCGCCUUCGUUUUCUUCAUCCUCGGAUUCAUUGUCAGCGUUCGUUGCCGUCGGUCGCGAGAGAAGUUCCAAGUGAUGAAGAAAGUAGAUAAGAACGGAUCUUGGAAUAGUAACUCGCCCGUCCCUAUCGCCAUAGAGUACAGAGACGAGGAGCAUAGCGAUAUCUACGACGAUAUCGACAAGGAAACAGCUCGUCAUCAUAGACCCAGCGGAAGACCAGUAAAACAAGAGCACAUCAUUCCAAAACACGUCGAAGAUUUAUAUGCUGUUCCUGAUAAAAAGAAGAAGAGCAAGGAUCCGGAGCCCCCUCUUGCUCAAAUGGACAGAAUCAGGUUCAUUGACGAGACGACAGAUGACGAAUUCGGCGCGAAAGAUGAGGAAAUACUUGGGUUGCUGAGGAAGAGUCGAGAGGGGCUGAUCAAUGACCACAACGGUUCCUUACCACGCCUAGACGAUUCUGAUAGUGGCGCUGAUGUUGGCCCAACAGACACGCCACCUGUCGAAAAAAGCCACCAGCAAGGGGAGGCAAUAGAUCACGACACAAAUGUCAUUAUUGAAGAAGAGGAAGAAGAAGAAAAUGACGAUGAAUCCGAAUCAACCCCAAUGCUUACAAAUGAGGCCAGUCAGCCUCUACAAGACGCAUCUGAUUCCAAUGAGGAUAAAUAAAGUUGUAUGAGUGCAUGUUUACCAAAUUUUAUCUGCAAGAGCUACGUCGCCAUUUUAUAUAUUCCUAAGAAACCCGGGUAGACACACAUGUGUCAGAGGUCAUAAAAACGUCAUCGAUUUACGUGUAUGUAAAUGACCUACCGACUCAGUACUAAACAGUUCUGAA